UUUAGAACAUUUAGAGACAUGCAGAGCUGAAAGAAUUCAAACACUAGGAAUCAAUGAGGGAGAAGAAAAAUGUGAAAAGUUCACAUAACAAUUAAUUUAACUAAAAACAAUUAAAAAAUUAAACUAAAUACAGUUUAAACUGUGUCUUACUUAUCAGUAAACUAUUGCCUGAUUAAAUUUGUCUUUAAUUUAUUACUUUAUAUAGGGUUUUAAUACAGCCUAUUCACCUGUAAUCUUUCUUAUGACAAUAUGUAGAUACUUCCUUCAAUGAAAUUAAUGGAGCUAAAAGACUCCAAAUAUCUAGUUUUAACAUUCAUAGUGGCCAAAGUGAAAAGUGAAUAAAUAAUUUAAACAUUUAAACAAAUUAAUUAAACUACAUUAAAUUGAUAAUACUCCUUGAAUAUACAUUGCAUUUUAGAGUUUGAACAUACUUGCUUAAUUAGAUUUUGUAGCAAAUUUGUUUUUAUGUGUACUUUAUGUUGAAUUUUCUGAGGGUGAUGGCAGUUCAACCUUUUUGAGCCAGGAGUAAAAAGCAAAUAUUCAUGUUUCUGUAUGUAAUGUGUAGUUCUGAUUUAAAACUAAUAUUGUAGAAUUCUAUAUUUGAUGAAUGAACAAAAAAUGAUUAUAUUCAAUUUCUGAUAUUUUGUUUGGCCUUUUCAGGGUUUAUUAAGAUAAUCUUGCAAAUAGUCAUUAUUGUUAAGGGACAUCCUAAAUUAUACCUAUGCCUAAUAACUAUGCAGUUCUGUGAGACUUCUUGAAUUAUAUUAGCAAAAGUCAAACCAGUUGAAAGAGAGUAAAGAAGGCUAUAGAUUACACAAGUGGAAGAAUCUGUCUUCAACUGUUUCUAGUCUGAACAAAUGUAAAAGCACUAUAAAAACAAAAUGUCACUCUAAAUAUAUACUGGACAUUCUACUUCCAGACAUUAUUUAAUUCUGAAAAGUAACAUGACAGUCUUGUUUAACACUUCUGUAGAAUUUGAAAGGAGAGACAGGGUAACUUUUAUGAUUAUUCGUGCCUGAAUAUUUUGAACACUUACUGUUCUGACUAGCUGAGUUUAAAAAGUGAGGGAGAGCACACAAAAACCGGAUUAUAGGUACUUAUGUGGACUGGUUUAUAAGCAUCCAUUUGAGAGACAGUUGCAACUGAGCUCACCUUUAACAGAUGCCACCAAAGUCAUACUUUUAAAAAAUGGGAUUACACAGCUGUAAUGAGGAUACCAUUUUGCAAGGGAGGACAUUUGUUACAGGAAGUGAGACAGGAGCAAGAAAUAAUGCUGGGUGAUUAAAGGAGCCAAGGCUGGUUUUGUAUGUCUGGCAGUUUUCUUUAAAAAAACAAAAAUACCUGUGCACUCACCAAAAAAAAACCUAAACAAAACCCAAAAAAACCCAAAUCCCAUCUCUCUACAUGACUACAGAAAGCAUAUGUGAUGUCAGAAUCAAGGCGAAUCAAGACAAGAAAUAUAGGGAUCUUUUUUCAUGCUGUUUUUAUAGGAGUUUUUCUGAGUAAAACUAUACUUUGAACCACAUCUUAACUUUUAUGCAACAGCUUUGUUACUUUGUUACAGACAUCAGUUUAUUUAAUCACUUAAGACUGAAAAAAAGUACUUUUAGGAUUUGUAAAUAAUAGAAUGGGUUAAUCCACCAAUUCAAGAGUCCUUCAAAUCACCCACUGAAAUUGUAACUUUUGGUUUUAUAUAUAAAAUACAGAUACAUGCAAAAUAUAUAAACUAGAACAUCAUAUGCUAAUAAAUUAAGUAUUAAAACUGAUACAGACUGAACAGAAUCUAAAACAUGUCCCAGUGUCUAAUGACAAGCAAUUACUUAAAUAACCAUUUCUUGUUGUUAGGUUGUUACUUCAUCAAAGACAUUAUGGUAUUCUCCUAACUCUCCAUGUCUGCUUUGCCUCAAAACAUUUGAGAAAAAAUUCAAAUAGACAUCAGACCAGUAUAUGUAAGAUGUGUACUGAUUUUGUGUACUGAGUUUUCAAGCUUUGCCUCUUUCCUGAAGGCAAUAUUACAUUUCUCAAUUCCUGUUAAGCAAGACAGCCCUGCAUAUUUUUAGAAAAACUAGUUCUGCAUCUACAUUUGUCUACAUUUUAUGUUAUGGGGAGAACAUUUGGCUGGGUUGCUUGUAAAAAAUGGUACCAAGAAUACCAGUAGGAUGAAAACUGCUUUCUAAACAUAGAAGUAUGGGUUAAUGUAACUAACAUUUAAUUUAUUGGAACUACAUAAUACUUGUUGUGUUUCUCAUAAUUUGUCAUUGAUAAGAGUAGAAGUAAUAUCUGCAGUAUAACCUAAAACAGGAAAAAAGUGGCUUCCUAUCUUGUAAUGGUUUGAUGCUGGCACAAUGCCAGUGCCCCCAUGAAAAUAUACUUUCCUUAGUGGCUACUGUGAGAUGUGAUCAGAAAUAGAGCAAAUCAGGCUCCAACUUAGGAAUAAAGGAAAAAAAAACUUUAUUAACUACAAUAUCUAAAAAGGAACAGACACAGAACUGAGACUGAAAACCCUCCAAAUACAUUCCUCCUCCUCCCCCCAUUUCCUCCACAGCAUGAAAUAAAACCUUAGAUUUUUGUUGGGAGCUUUGUAACAAACUCGCUCCAAGCUAAAGGUCACAGUGAGAUUAAUUUGACCGAGAUAGAGAAUGAGGGGAGUUGCCAUUCCAAUUAAACUGUGUGUCCUUGGCCCACGGAUGAAAAAUACACAAAGACAGGUGGUGGAGCGGGACAGCCUGGGAAAGUAAUAAGUAGUUAUACCAAAACAGCACGUAGAUAGCUGAUAACUAAUUAGCCAAUGGUGAGCUGGGAUUUUGCACUAUGCAUGAGCUAAUUAAAAGGUGUAUAAUAAUUGGCGAUUCGGGAAUAAAGACGAGACUUGUCGAUCAUCAUAUGGUGAGCAAGUCUUCCUUCUCCAUCAAAUGGCUGACCCCGACGUCAACCCGUAAGACGACUACGGACGGACACGGCUGCCACGGAUUGGAGAAGAAUACUCCAGCAGAGAAUUCAAGAAGUUUGCUGUAUUUGGAAAAUCUCUGUCUUGACAGAAACUUCAGAAGGAUUCAAUUAUUUGCUGGUUUGAUUGGUGCCCUGUCUCAGCUUGAGAAGAAAACGGGGGAGCUCAGGGUAUUGGAGUGGCUCUCUCCACCGCUACAGCAACAGAGAACUGUGAGACUGAAAAUUGAAAUGAUUGCAUCCCUCAUAAAGAAAGGACGUUUUAGGGCAAUCCAAGUUACAGGAGUGGAGCCUUCCACGAUACGAUUGCCCAUCAAAAAGGACACGCUUGACUGGUAUUUGGUGAACUCUGGGGAGCUCCAGGAAGCCCUUUUAGGAGCUGGAGCUGUCGUGGAGACUGGGAAACUGCAUCCUAGUCCCCUCCAGUGGAUGACAGAAUGGGACUGGAUAACAAAGCCCAUUCGGAGUUUGUCACCAUUAAGGGGGGCUAUCAUGGCCUUUACGGAUGCUGGUAAAAAGUCCAGGAGAGCAGCCGUGACAUGGAAACAGCAAGGACAGUGGCGACAACAUUUGUUGGAUGCAGAUGCCAGGGACAGUCUACAGACAUUGGAACUUUUAGCUGUAGUAUGGGCAAUGAUGAAUUUAAAAAGUCCUUUGAAUAUUGUGACUGACUCCCUUUAUGUAGCAGGAGUAGCUGCCAGGGUACUAUACUGGGGGAGGGGAUAUCUUUGUGUUUCCUCUCCAACAGGACCCUUGUGGAUCCCCACAAAGUGGACUCGAGCUGUACCAGAUGUUCAGGACUGUCGUGGCCUUGUCACCGGAGGACAAAGAGAGGGUGCACAACAAACUGAUGCUGAUAUUGUGACCCUAUUUGCAACGCCUGCAGCCCUACUCUAACGACGCCUGACGUGCCUGCGUUCAUUUUCCUGACGAUUGGAUCGAGUGGUGUCAGGACCUUACGGUAGAAGUAAAAGCUCCUCAAUCACAGCCAUACUUGGACUGUGGGGACAAUAAAUGCGCUGCAUGGAUCGCGCUAGGCUGUGGAGGCUGUAAUAAGGUGUUUUGGUUGGAGCAAUCGACCAUUCGGCAGAACCGGUGCCCAAGCUGCCGAUUCUCCUGGAAUUUGCAGAACUCGUGGCAGCGAGCACUAAGGGAUUUUACAGGGCUUGAUUUGAGAGGAUCGUUAGACUUGUAUGAAGCCCCGGAGCAAAUUAUUUUGGCAUAUGUUACUUGGCAACUUAAGACCUUGUGUGAGCGAGUAGAAAAGCAAGUACGUACUCACAUAAUAGCUUCGCGCUGUCGAAAGCUUGUGCCCCUCACACAGACAUCGACUGUUGGACCGAUUAAAAAAGACUGUGGGGUUGAGGAGGCACUAGACGACUGCAUCAAGCAACUUAAGUCCUGUUCUCUUCGCUCCAGAGGGACUGCCAAAUAGGGCAACCCACAUUCUGGAGCGAGCUGAAACAGGUAGCAGUAGCCACACUUUUACCUGGAGGGGCAGCUAAUAAGGCCAUGAAUUUGGCCAAGCAAUUAGGCUGCUGGGCCAAAGACAAACUGAACGCCACCUCCCAGGUAUUGGACAUGCUGUCUCAAGAUGUACAAAGGGUAAAUCAUGCAGUAUUACAGAAUAGAGCAGCAAUCGAUUUCUUAUUAUUAGCUCAAGGCCAUGGUUGUGAAGAAUUUGAGAGUAUGUGUUGUAUGAAUUUAUCAGAUCAUUCUGUAUCAAUAUGCUAUAGAGAUAUUGUGUGAUAGUAUUGCUAAUGCUUGUAUUACCAUGUUUGCUUAAUUGCAUACAAAGAAUGGUGAGUCAGAUGAUGGAAAGGGCUUGGAAAACCACACUUCUAGCCCAAAAAGAAAACGGGGGAAAUGUUGGGAGCUUUGUAACAAGCUCGCUCUGAGCUAAAGGUCACAGUGAGAUUAAUUUGACCGAGAUAGAGAAUGAGGGGAGUUGCCAUUCCAAUUAAACUGUGUGUCCUUGGCCCACGGAUGAAGAAAUACACAAAGACAGGUGGUGGAGCGGGACAGCCUGGGAAAGUAAUAAGUAGUUAUACCAAAACAGCACGUAGAUAGCUGAUAACUAAUUAGCCAAUGGUGAGCUGGGAUUUUGCACUAUGCAUGAGCUAAUUAAAAGGUGUAUAAUAAUUGGCGAUUCGGGAAUAAAGACGAGACUUGUCGAUCAUCA